CAGCGCGAGUCUCAUCAUCAGCACCGCAUCGCCAGGCAAGCAGCCUCGAGACCCACCGACCAACGGACCCUCAGUGGUCCCUCAUCACAAAUACUAUAAUAACGGAGAGGAGGUAGACUCCUCACGAGACCAUGUCAGGGACCCGGUGAACAGACAAACAGAUUUAUUCUCUUUGUUCGCGUCGACGCACCGCUCGCCGCCGAGGAGGGGCCGCAGAAUAGUGCUCUCUCUCUCUCUCUGGCGGAGGAGUGGGGGAAGAGGAGAAGAGAAAGCAACAGAGAGAACCGAGGUAUUUUUCUACCGGAUAACCUAAUGGCAGAGCGCGAGGCGUCGCCGUUACCACUGGAGGUUCGCGCCCGGCUGGCGGAGCUGGAGCUCGAGCUGUCAGAGGGUGACAUCACACAGAAGGGUUAUGAGAAGAAGCGGUCUAAGCUGAUCAGGGCCUACUUCCCUCAUCCUGGAGGUAUGGAGGGUAUGUCUCACCGCCCCCCCUUUGCCCCCCCAUCUGCUGCUCGCUUCCACAGACGGCGCUCUUCUGGAACACGUGAUGAACGCUAUCGUUCAGACGUCCACAGUGAGGCGGUGCAGGCAGUGUUAGCCAGACAUGUGGAGAGCAACGUGGCAGUGCCUAUGCCCUCCAAACGACGAUCACUGGUGGUACAGACAUCCAUGGAUGCGUACACACCCCCAGGCCUGUCCCCACUGUGCUCAGACUCGUCGUCGGGCUCAGAGGAAGAGGCGGGGCCAGGCAAUGACAUGCCGGGAAUGGAACACUGGAUGACUCGCCCUGCCCACUUAGGUCCAGCCCACCUAGGCUCCACCUCCUCCUCGUCCUCGUCCACUCAGAGCGGAGGAAGUGGCAACGCAGGACGACUGGCCGACUCGCUCGCACACACACACCUCUCACACCCACACCUGGCACACGCCCACCUCACACACACACACCUGACCCAGUCACACCACGUGUCAGCUCACCACUCACAAACACACCACGGUAUAGGGCACCUGUCUCUGAAGCGUAAGGCAGCUCUGGGCAUGGCGGAGAACGGAGGCUCUCUCAGAAGAUCCUGUGAGUUCGGCUCUGAUAUGCUGUGGCCUCCACCACUGGAGUCUGACGAGAAUCACUCUGCUCCUCCUGAUGUGACUGGCUAUUCGUCUGACUCCUCCCACUCCCGCCCCCACUCAGAGCGCCACAUAGGAACCAUCGCCCGAAACACUCAGAAAUAUGGCAACGCUGAACGCAUGGAGACUGGAGACGGUGUCCCGGUCAGCAGUCGUGUGUCUGCUAAGAUCCAGCAGCUAGUGAACACUCUGAAAAUGCCUCGUAGACCUCCGCUAAGAGAGUUCUUUGUUGAUGACUUUGAAGAACUUCUAGAAGUCCAGCAGCCAGAUCCUAAGCAGCCGCGCCCGGAGGGGGCAGAAAUGUUGGCAGUAAGUGGAGAAGCCCUGGGGGUGGUGACUAACUGGCCACCCUCCCUGGAGGCAGCUCUCCAACGCUGGGGCACCAUCAGCCCUAAAGCGCCCUGUCUCACCAGCCUGGAUACCACUGGCAAACCUCUAUAUGUACUCACAUACGGGAAGCUGUGGUCUCGGAGUAUCAAGCUGGCCUAUAACAUCCUCCACAAGCUGGGCAGCAAGCAGGAGCCCAUGUUGCGACCGGGGGACAGGGUGGCGCUGGUGUUUCCUAACAAUGACCCGGUGGCCUUCAUGGUGGCCUUCUACGGCUGCCUGCUGGCUGAGGUGGUCCCUGUACCCAUAGAGGUGCCCCUCACACGCAAGGAUGCUGGCAGCCAGCAGAUUGGGUUCCUAUUGGGAAGCUGUGGGGUUACCGUGGCGCUGACCAGUGAUGCCUGCCAUAAAGGCUUGCCCAAGAGCGCUACAGGAGAGAUACCACAGUUCAGAGGGUGGCCUAAGCUGCUGUGGUUUGUGACUGAGUCGAAGCAUCUCUCCAAACCUCCUAGAGAUUGGUUCCCUCACAUCAAAGAUGCAAACAGCGACACAGCCUAUAUAGAGUAUAAAACGUGUAAGGAUGGGAGUGUCCUGGGCGUGACAGUGAUGAGGAUCGCUCUGCUGACUCACUGCCAAUCCCUCACACAGUCGUGUGGCUACACAGAAGCGGAGACCAUAGUGAAUGUUCUAGACUUUAAGAAGGAUGUGGGACUGUGGCAUGGCAUCCUCACGAGUGUGAUGAACAUGAUGCAUGUGAUCAGCGUUCCCUACUCUCUGAUGAAGGUCAACCCGUUGUCCUGGAUACAGAAGGUCUACCACUUCAAAGCCAAGGUAGCGUGUGUAAAGUCCAGGGACAUGCACUGGGCUCUGGUGGCCCACAGAGAGCAGAAGGACAUCAGCCUGAGUUCCCUCCGUAUGCUGCUGGUCGCCGACGGAUCUAACCCCUGUAACUAUCACUCUACUUCCCACCUCAAUCUAUCUUGCCCCUCCCAUCCUCUCUGCUCCUGUCCUCCUUUCAUCCCUCUUUCCUCUCCUCCUCCAGGGUCUAUUUCAUCCUGUGAUGCGUUCCUCAACGUGUUCCAGAGUAAAGGCUUGAGGUCAGAGGUCAUCUGUCCCUGUGCCAGCUCUCCUGAAGCCCUGACCGUUGCCAUCAGGAGGCCAGUGGAGGACAGUAGCCAGCCACCAGGCCGAGGGGUUCUCUCCAUGCAGGGUCUGAGUUACAGUGUGGUCCGCGUCGACACAGAGGAACGCUUGUCAGUCCUCACUGUGCAGGAUGUGGGCACUGUUAUGCCUGGAGCCGUAGUGUGUGUGGUGAAGCCAGAGGGUGUGCCUCUCCUGUGUAAGACAGAUGAGAUCGGGGAGCUGUGUGUGUGUUCUGUCGCCACGGGAACCUCUUACUAUGGAUUGACAGGCAUGACCAAGAACACCUUUGAGGUGUUCCCUGUAGCCUCAGGUGGAGGCCUGGUCAGUGAGUAUGCGUUUGUGCGUACGGGGCUGCUGGGCUUUGUGGGUCCAGGCGGUCUGGUGUUUAUCUCCGGAAAGAUGGACGGCCUCAUCAUGGUCAGCGGGCGCAGACAUAACGCUGAUGACAUCGUAGCCACCGCACUGGCCGUGGAGCCAAUGAAAUUCGUCUACAGGGGGAGGAUAGCAGUGUUCUGUGUGACCGUGCUGCGUGAUGAGCGUAUCGUGGUGGUAGCAGAGCAGAGACCAGACUCUACUGAGGAGGACAGCUUCCAGUGGAUGAGCCGCGUGCUGCAGGCGAUAGACAGUAUCCAUGGUGUGGGUGUGUUCUGCCUGGGGUUAGUUCCAGCCAACACCCUCCCUAAGACCCCCCUGGGGGGUAUACACCUGUCUGAGACCAAACAGCUGUACCUGGAGGGGGGGCUGCACCCCUGUAACGUGCUCAUGUGUCCUCACACCUGUGUUACCAACCUGCCCAAACCACGACAGAAACAACCAGAGAUUGGUCCUGCCUCUGUGAUGGUGGGGAAUCUGGUGUCUGGGAAGAGGAUCGCUAUGGCCAGCGGCAGAGACCUGGGACAGACUGAUGACAACGACCAGUUCCUGUUCCUGUCAGAGGUGCUGCAAUGGAGAUCUCAGACGACGCCUGACCACAUCCUCUACACACUGCUCAGCUCCCGGGGGCUGGUGUCCAGUUCUCUGACCUGUCUUCAGCUCCAUAAGAGGGCGGAGAGAGUUGCUGCCCUGCUGCUGGAGAGAGGAGGACUACAGGAGGGAGACCACAUAGCACUGGUCUACCCACCAGGUAUAGACUUGAUCGCAGCAUUCUACGGUUGCCUUUACGCUGGCUGUGUUCCUAUCACUGUCAGACCGCCCCACCCACAGAACAUCUCAACCACACUGCCCACAGUCAAGAUGAUCGUAGAGGUCAGUCGUUCGGCCUGUGUGAUGACCACAGCGGUCAUCUGUAAGCUGCUACGGUCGAAGGAGGCGGUCGCCACAGUGGACAUCAGGAACUGGCCUCCUGUCCUGGACACAGAUGACCUGCCAAAGAAGAAGCCUCCAGCUCUAUAUAAGCCCUGUAACCCUGAUGCCCUGGCCUAUCUGGACUUCAGUGUGUCCACUACUGGCAUGCUGGCUGGAGUACAGAUGUCCCAUAAUGCGGUGGGAGCGUUCUGCCGAUCGGUGAAGCUGCAGUGUGAACUCUAUCCCUCCAGAGAGGUAGCCAUCUGUCUCGACCCCUACUGUGGCCUGGGCUUCGUCCUCUGGUGUCUCUGCAGUGUGUAUAGUGGCCACCAGUCGAUCCUGAUCCCUCCAGUAGAGUUGGAGUCUAACCCAGCGCUGUGGCUGCUCGCUGUCAGCCAGCUCCGAGUCAGAGACACCUUCUGUUCUUACAGCGUCAUGGAGCUCUGCACUAAAGGACUGGGCCUGCAGACAGAGGCACUGAAGGCACGGGGCCUGGACCUGUCCCGUGUGAGGGCAUGUGUUGUGGUAGCAGAGGAGAGACCCAGGAUGUCUCUAACACACUCCUUCUCUAAGCUGUUUAAAGACCUGGGCCUGCACCCCCGAUCUGUCAGCACAGCAUUCGGCUGUAGGGUCAACCUGGCUAUCUGUCUACAGGGAACCUCUGGGCCGGAUCCCACUACAGUGUACGUGGACAUGAGAGCUCUGCGGCAUGAUAGGGUGCGGUUGGUGGAGAGAGGUUCUCCUCACAGUCUCCCUCUCAUGGAGUCAGGAAAGAUCUUACCUGGCGUCCGCAUCAUCAUCGCCAACCCAGAGACCAAGGGACCGCUGGGAGACUCCCACCUUGGAGAGAUCUGGGUGCACAGUGCCCAUAAUGGCAGUGGAUAUUAUAGUGGUUAUGGUGAGGAGGUCCUUCAGUCUGAUCACUUCACCUCCAGACUCAGCUUCGGAGACACAUCCACCGUCUGGGCUCGCACCGGAUACCUGGGCUUCUUACGACGUACUGAACUCACCGAUGCCAGCGGAGAGAGACAUGAUGCUCUGUAUGUUGUGGGUGCAUUGGAGGAGGCCAUGGAGCUGAGGGGGAUGAGGUACCAUCCUAUAGACAUAGAGACCUCCGUCAUCAGGACGCACAAGAACAUCAUGGAGUGUGCGGUGUUUCCCUGGACUAACCUGCUGGUAGUCGUAAUAGAACUAGAAGGCUCGGAGCAGGAAGCCCUGGACCUGGUUCCCAUGGUGACCAAGGCGGUGCUGGAGGAGCAUUACCUCAUCGUUGGGGUCGUCGUAGUAACGGACAUCGGGGUGAUCCCCAUCAACUCUCGCGGGGAGAAGCAGCGCAUGCACCUCCGGGACGGCUUCCUACAGGACCAGCUCGACCCCAUCUACGUGGCUUAUAACAUGUAACCCAGACGCCCCAUCCUGGGGGGGUGGACCUGAGUGAGGGGGAUUUGUGUGUAUGUGUGUGUUAGCAUGCGUGUGUAUGGAUAUGUGCUUGUAUAUCGCUAGUGUUCAUUUUAAAUCAAGACGUACUGUAUUUUUGAAUCUGCACAUGGUCAUAUGGUGUGGUGCCAGUUGUCUGAUCCUUUAGUUGUGCUGUGGUGGAGGUAUGGCUGUUUCUGCACCCCCGGUUAAACCUGACACCUAGACAGGAAGUCACUGUACAAAACCUUAAGGGAACACUGUGUAUCGAUAGACAGGAAGUCACUGUACAAAACCUUAAGGGAACACUGUGUAUCGAUAGACAGGAAGUCACUGUACAAAACCUUAAGGGAACACUGUAUCGAUAGACAGGAAGUCACUGUACAAAACCUUAAGGGAACACUGUGUAUCGAUAGACAGGAAGACUGACUGGACCACUAGUAGUUGUUGUUAGGAGAGAGAGAGAAAAUAUCCCUGAACAUAUCUGUUUUCUUGAUGAAAUAGACAUUAAAAAUAAAGUUAUUAAAGUAUAUUGUCAGAAGAAGACAGGGGGUUCAGAUUAGUGUAUAAAUAUAAAUAUUGUAUAUAAACAUAAUCUAUAUGGAGAGAUAACUGAAACACACUGAGGACUAGCCCUGUUAUACAGCUCUCUCCACCCACACCCUGUGUACAUGUGUGUGCAUGUGUGUGUGUGUGUGCGCGCGUGUGUGUGUGCGUGCGUGUGUGUGUGUGCGUGCGUGUGUGUGUGUGUGUGUGCGCGCGCGUGUGUGUGUGUGUGCGCACAAUGCAGUGCACUCCUCUCAUUAGAAUCACAUUCUCGAUUUGUUUCCUAAAACCCAUUGACUCCUAAAUGCCAAGUGAAUCCAUUGUUUCUAUCCUACAUUCUUUAAACAUUGUACGCAUAUGAUUAUGGUAAUAUGUGAUUCUGCUAAGCAGAGAGCCCAGUAAGUAGCAGGGGGAAAAUGUAGUUGCAAGGAGUUGUAAAACCCAGCUCUGGACCAGAGACACAAUGCUUUCUAAAUGGCCACGUUUCCUUUAAGGUACACUACUUAGGACAAGUAGGACUCCUUGUAGGGAAUCAGGUGGUAUUUGAGACACACCCACAGUGAAGUGUUCUAACAGAGACACACCCACAGUGAAGUGUUCUAACAGAGACACACCCACAGUGGUGUUCUAACAGAGACACACCCACAGUGAAGUGUUCUAACAGAGACACACCCACAGUGAAGUGUUCUAACAGAGACACACCCACAGUGAAGUGUUCUAACAGAGACACACCCACAGUGAAGUGUUCUAACAGGGACACACCCACAGUGAAGUGUUCUAACAGAGACACACCCACAGUGAGGUGUUCUAACAGAGACACACCCACAGUGAAGUGUUCUAACAGAGACACACCCACAGUGAAAUGUUCUAACAGAGACACACCCACAGUGAAGUGUUCUAACAGAGACACACCCACAGUGAAGUGUUCUAACAGAGACACACCCACAGUGAAGUGUUCUAACAGAGACACACCCACAGUGAAGUGUUCUAACAGAGACACACCCACAGUGAAAUGUUCUAACAGAGACACACCCACAGUGAAGUGUUCUAACAGAGACACACCCACAAUGAAGUGUUCUAACAAAGAGACACACCCACAGUGAAGUAUUCUAACAGAUACACACCCACAGUGAAGUGUUCUAACAAAGAGACACACCCACAGUGAAGUGUUCUAACAGAGACACACCCACAGUGAAGUGUUCUAACAAAGAGACACACCCACAGUGAAGUGUUAUAACAGAGACACACCCACAGUGAAGUGUUCUAACAGAGACACACCCACAGUGAAGUGUUCUAACAGAGACACACCCACAGUGAAAUGUUCUAACAGAGACACACCCACGGGGAAAUGUUCUAACAUAGACACACCCACAGUGAAGUGUUCUAACAGAGACACACCCACAGUGAAGUGUUCUAACAGAGACACAUCCACAGUGAAAUGUUCUAACAGACACACCCACAGUGAAGUGUUCUAACAGAGACACACCCACAGUGAAGUGUUCUAACAGAGACACACCCACAGUGAAGUGUUCUAACAGAGACACACCCACAGUGAAAUGUUCUAACAGAGACACAUCCACGGGGAAAUGUUCUAACAUAGACACACCCACAGUGAAGUGUUCUAACAGAGACACACCCACAGUGAAGUGUUCUAACAGAGACACAUCCACAGUGAAAUGUUCUAACAGACACACCCACAGUGAAGUGUUCUAACAGAGACACACCCACAGUGAAGUGCUCUAACAAAGACACACCCACAGUGAAGUGUUCUAACAAAGAGACACACCCACAGUGAAGUGUUCUUACAAAGAGACACACCCACCGUGAAAUGUUCUAACAAAGAGACACACCCACAAUGAAGUGUUCUAACAAAGAGACACACCCACAGUGAAAUGUUCUUACAAAGAGACACACCCACAGUGAAGUGUUCUAACAAAGAGACACACCCACAGUGAAGUGUUCUUACAAAGAGACACACCCACAGUGAAGUGUUCUAACAAAGAGAAACACCCACAGUGAAGUGUUCUUACAAAGAGACACACCCACAGUGAAAUGUUCUAACAAAGAGACACACCCACAAUGAAGUGUUCUAACAAAGAGACACACCCACAGUGAAAUGUUCUAACAAAGAGACACACCCACAGUGAAGUGUUCUAACAAAGAGAAACACCCACAGUGAAAUGUUCUUACAAAGAGACACACCCACAGUGAAAUGUUCUAACAAAGAGACACACCCACAAUGAAGUGUUCUAACAAAGAGACACACCCACAGUGAAAUGUUCUAACAAAGAGACACACCCACAGUGAAGUGUUCUAACAGAGACACACCCACAGUGAAGUGUUCUAACAGAGACACACCCACAGUGAGGUGUUCUAACAGAGACACACCCACAGUGAAGUGUUCUAACAGAGACACACCCACAGUGAAGGGUUCUAACAGAGACACACCCACAGUGAAGUGUUCUAACAGAGACACACCCACAGUGAAGUGUUCUAACAAAGAGUGAGGUGUUCUAACAGAGACACACCCACAGUGAGGUGUUAUAACAGAGACACACCCACAGUGAAGUGUUCUAACAGAGACACACCCACAGUGAAGUGUUCUAACAGAGACACACCCACAGUGAAAUGUUCUAACAGAGACACACCCACGGGGAAAUGUUCUAACAUAGACACACCCACAGUGAAGUGUUCUAACAGAGACACACCCACAGUGAAGUGUUCUAACAGAGACACAUCCACAGUGAAAUGUUCUAACAGACACACCCACAGUGAAGUGUUCUAACAGAGACACACCCACAGUGAAGUGUUCUAACAGAGACACACCCACAGUGAAGUGUUCUAACAGAGACACACCCACAGUGAAAUGUUCUAACAGAGACACAUCCACGGGGAAAUGUUCUAACAUAGACACACCCACAGUGAAGUGUUCUAACAGAGACACACCCACAGUGAAGUGUUCUAACAGAGACACAUCCACAGUGAAAUGUUCUAACAGACACACCCACAGUGAAGUGUUCUAACAGAGACACACCCACAGUGAAGUGCUCUAACAAAGACACACCCACAGUGAAGUGUUCUAACAAAGAGACACACCCACAGUGAAGUGUUCUUACAAAGAGACACACCCACCGUGAAAUGUUCUAACAAAGAGACACACCCACAAUGAAGUGUUCUAACAAAGAGACACACCCACAGUGAAAUGUUCUUACAAAGAGACACACCCACAGUGAAGUGUUCUAACAAAGAGACACACCCACAGUGAAGUGUUCUUACAAAGAGACACACCCACAGUGAAGUGUUCUAACAAAGAGAAACACCCACAGUGAAGUGUUCUUACAAAGAGACACACCCACAGUGAAAUGUUCUAACAAAGAGACACACCCACAAUGAAGUGUUCUAACAAAGAGACACACCCACAGUGAAAUGUUCUAACAAAGAGACACACCCACAGUGAAGUGUUCUAACAAAGAGAAACACCCACAGUGAAAUGUUCUUACAAAGAGACACACCCACAGUGAAAUGUUCUAACAAAGAGACACACCCACAAUGAAGUGUUCUAACAAAGAGACACACCCACAGUGAAAUGUUCUAACAAAGAGACACACCCACAGUGAAGUGUUCUAACAGAGAGACACAGUUUAUUUAUUUAUUUUAAAUAUGUUAGUCAUAAGUUAGUCAUUAGUCAUAAGUUAUUACUUAUGGCAUCUUAUAUGCAUGUUAUCAGUUUUCUGUGAAAAACAUUUUAGUGCUCCUUAUGCUUUGUUUACAUUCAUCUUUUGAGUUUGAUCAUUAAAAACACAACACAUUUAAUUUUUAUUUAAUUCAUCAGCUACUUUUGUCUCAGAUAGCUAUAAUGUGAUCCCAUGUAUGAAAAACAUGCAUAUCAUGACGUGUAUUUAUUUGCUUGUUAUUCUGUACUGGAGAAUGGUGAUGACAUUAUCAGCCCCUGACUGUGUGUUGGAGAGAAACGAGUCUGGUGGGUAGGGUUAAACCUGGUCCAGAAACUAGAGGUGAGAGAGACUGCAUGGUGUGUGUGUGUUCGUAUGUAUAUAUUGUGUGUAAAUAGUGUUGAUUUUGUACGGUACAGGUGUGUGUGACUGUUUUGUACACAUGAUGAAAAGAUCAAAAGGACACUUUUAUAAGAGCCUUCCAUUGGCUCAAUGUCAUACUAUACGGUGCAAUAAAGUGCUUUGAUUGGUG